AUGGCAAAGUUACUCGCUUAUUACAACCUCUGUCCAAUUAAUAAUAUUGAAGAUUUUCUUGGCUUGUCACGGGAUGUCGACCCCGGGUGUGUUAUUAACACGCUCGGAAGAAAUAUCAUACUUGUCGUUAAGCUCAGCAACCAGAGACAAAUACGAAGCUGGACCGUACUCGACCGUCUCAGCAGUAAAGUGGUUUACGAUUUUCGAUCUGAACGUUACGUGGGUGUCUUCGGUGGAAGAUACAUACGGUGCUGGAACCGAGAUCAAAACGAUAUCAACACGGUGAAGAAGGUGAAGCUGUAUCGGUCAGUGUUGGAUCUGUUUACUUUGAGCAACGGCCAAACGUUGCUGCUCUACACGGAUGGAAGUUGUGAAUCGCUCGAGAGUGCGUUGGAAACAAGAAAACAGAACAAAUUGAAUUCGAACGAUGAAGAAUCGGCACAGAGCGUGGAUUCCAAAACACACACAAUACGAGACGCGCAGAUAUUGGUGCUGGACAAUGGUACACCACUGCUAACGUACUUUGUGCGGAAAGAGGAAGACGGCUCAAUGGAGCUAAAUUAUGCCCUGCUCAAUCCGGCGGAUUUAAAAACGUACAAAGGUUUCGAAAAGAUUGCAUUGCAGCGGCACGGUGAAGAUAUAAAGCUCGUUAGUAGCUGUGUAGUGGAUGGAAGUGAUGGUCCAUCGUUGCUGAGUAUAUGGUCCGAUAGUCGCAUAUUUAACCUUCAGCUUUCCCUUGGCCAAUCACCAAAACGCGAAGAAGGUGUGGGCAAUUUCAUCGAAAUGGUACAAACAAUCAACGUGAAACAACCACUCUCGAUGGCCAGCAUCGGCAAAGAUUAUGUGGCGUUUUAUGCGAACAACAAAAACCAAGACGGUGCCAUCCUGGUAUUGUUCAACGUACAGUUCAAGGUGUUUCAGUCGAAGCAGUACUUCAAGGUGUAUUUCGUGUCGUCCCGAUUUUGGGUGGUGGAAAGCAACAUACUGCUAGCCUUUGGACAGACACUCGCCGUGGUACCGUUUAAAAUAAGCAAGAAGCAACUGUCGGACAUGAUUGGCAGCAUGCAAACAUUCGACCUGGAGCACACGAUCGACGACGAAAGCAUUAACGAAGAGUGUACUUUAGUGGACAUGUACACCUUCGACGAAGUGAUGUCCGCAAAUGUGGUAAAUCAAGACACGAUAAAUGCUAGUAAAGGAGUGUACGGCAAACAGACUGCCAAUGCAGAGGAACCGCUGUACAAACGGUUGUACAGUGAGUAUGAAAUUGACGAUGCACUUCGUGCGGCUUAUCGGGAAGACCUUCUGCUCGACGUGUUUGAAUGUUCCUCGCUGCCGAAGGAUACUGUGCAGAUAAAGCUUUUCAACAAUGCCGAUCUCACGUUGGGUCCGUUGAUUUUGAGCGAUAAUUAUGAAAUCGCGCUGGAAGAGCUGGAACGCAGCGGUUAUUCGGAGACGGAGAUUAGUGACCGAGUCGUACCGUUGUUGGUGCAGGCACACCAAAUCACCGAUCUCGCCAAGUGUCUUAAGCGAUAUUCGGUCAUUUCGGAACGAACGAUCGUCAAAGCGUUAACGUACGCUUUAUCUCUACCGGUUCCAGAAUUCGAUGCAGUUCCCUCGGUCCAGGACGGGACUUCGAAAGUUCCGCCCGAAGAUGAAUCUGAGCUGCCUAAUCAGGAAAUCAUCGUAGAAGCGCAAGCCAGCCAUGCAUCGCAUUUCGACCUGCUUAAUGUGGUUUUAUCGUGUAGCUUCAAUCGCAAAGCGAUAAUUCCGUACAUUCGUAAGGAGCUAGAUUUUCCCACCGUUGUGGUUCUGCUGAAGCAUCUGGAGUACCUGCUCGUCGAUCCGAUGGCAACGCUCAGUGAAACCCUUCACAAUGUGGAAAAUUUCGAUAGUGACGAGCAGGUGGUUCAAUGGAUUAUGGUACUGUUGGAUUCACAUUACCAACAGUUCAUUCUUUCGACGGAGGAAACGGUGCGCGAACAGUUACAGCGAAUGUUGGAUAUUGUCGAUAGACAUGUUGGGUUAUUGAAUCAGCUGCAAAAUCUGUCUCCUUCCUUGCGACGGGCGUUACAGCGUAAAGCACUAAACUCCACAACUGAUUCCAACCAGUGGUACAACGUCAAAUCGAUUACAUUAUACUAG